AUGAGCCCCGUCGAAUGCCACUAUUUCGAGAUUUGUAUAUUUCCAUUUGAUCCAAUCCAGAAAAUAAAGGAGAAAAAUAUUCAACCAACUAUAUCGACAACAUCAGAUGUAACGCAAAAAAAGCUUGAAAAACCGUAUGGUAUAAGUGUUACAUCUGAUGAGACAAUUGAUAUCCUAGAGAAAAAGGGGUUGGCAAAAGCAAACAGAAGUAUAGGAAAAAUAAAACGUUCUACGUCGAAGAAACAUCGAACCAAAACAAAUACUGAUACAAUGUCACCGGAGAUAACAACAGUCAGAGGUGCUGAUGCUUUCUUCACAUCCGAACCAAAAUUGAUUUUAUUGCUAUUUCUUUCCCUUUCAGGUCCACCACCAGUAUCAAUAUGGCGUUCACAAACUCCAUUGGAUCCUUAUUCACCCCAUCAAAUAUUUAUGCCUCAAUUCUCAUAUUCAUCUAACCCACCAUAUUCACACGCAACAACUUCAUAUCAACAUCCAGUACCAGUCACAACUGUCCGCACUGAUAUUUUCCCGUCAUCACCAUCAGCUACAUACUAUCCAAUGCAACCAGUAGUUUAG